AUGUCAGAUGGAUCGAGCAAGUCCAAGGUGACCCCAUAUUUGGUCUAUCUCGUCUUCAUCACCACUCUUGGCCCGCUGCAAUUCGGCUAUCACUUGGCGGAAUUAAAUGCCCCUCAAGCAGUGAUAACAUGUGAGCGCAAAGGCAUUCACUCUGCGGGUAAUACAUUCCAUGGUCUGCCGCAAUGUCUUGCGAUGAGCCCAUCCCAAUUCGGGUUGGUCUCGUCAAUCUACACGCUUGGGGGUCUGGUCGGAGCUCUGCUGGCAGGGCCUGUGUCAACCAAGUACGGCCGUCUGCUUGCACUUCGUGCAACUACCGUAUUCUUCAUCCUGGGCCCUAUAGCCGAGACUCUCGCCCCUGGAAUCCCGCUUCUUAUCUUGGGUAGAUUCCUCUCGGGAAUUGGAUCCGGUGCCGCCAUUGUGGCAGGCCCGAUCUACAUCUCAGAGAUUGCUCCUCUCGGUUCCCGAGGGUUCUUCGGUGCAUUUACUCAAAUAAUGACCAAUGUCGGCAUCCUGUUGGCCCAAACUUUGGGAUAUUUCUGGAGCGAAGCCAACAUCUGGCGACUCAUCCUAGCUGUGGCUGGCAUCAUUGGUACCCUCGAAUUUUUGGGACUCCUCUUGGUACCGGAGAGUCCUGCGUGGCUCGCAGAGCACGAGAAGGUCAGCCACGCGCGCCGAGUUCUACAGCGGAUCCGUGGUCGCAAUACCGAUAUCGAGGCGGAGAUUGCCAGCUGGAGAAGAUCGGAUGCUCCUUCCAGUGAAGAAGAGUCCUUGUUAGCCCAAUCUUCGGCGGCUGAAUCCCCCAAGGUGCCUUCUGUCUCUUUCUCGCAGGUUGCCAAAGAUCCUUACUACCGCCCGGCUAUUGUCGCUGUGGUUGGAGUGAUGGUUGCUCAGCAAUUGACCGGGAUGAACAGCAUUGUCAUGUACAGUGUGUCCCUGUUGCAGAGCAUUCUACCCACGACAGCCGCCUUGCUGACGGUGAUGAUCUCAGUCAUCAAUCUCUUGAUCACCCUGGCGUGCUCACCCCUACCCGACCGCAUCGGCCGCAAGACGUGUCUGAUGCUGAGCAUCUGCGGUAUGGGUAGCAGCUCGAUCCUUCUUGCAAUCAGCAUCUACCUGAAUGCCAAGAUCCUGACAGCGAUCGCCGCAUUGCUCUUCGUGGCAUGCUUCGCGGUCGGACUUGGCCCAGUCCCCUUCAUUCUAGCUUCCGAGCUAGUUGGACCAGAAGCAGUUGGCGCAGCGCAGAGUUGGGCCCUGGGUGCCAACUGGAUUGCAACCUUUGUCGUCGCGCAAUUCUUCCCCAUUCUCAACGAUGCUCUCGGGGGGCGCGGUAAGGUCUAUUGGAUUUUUGCAGCCAUGGCAGGGUUGUUUGGCGUCUUCAUCUACCGAUAUGUACCAGAGACCAAGGGCAAAGCCAACGCUGAUGAAGUCUGGAAUCGGACAGUCCGACGACAAGACUAA